AUGUGUCCACAACCGAUACACGCCCUGCUGCGGGCGUACAGCAGCUCUCCCCCGCCAGGCUCGAGCGUGGCAGCAGUAGUGGCAGUGGCGGCAUUCACUGAUCCAUCUCUCGGCAAGAAAGCAACCGGUACCAACUGCAAUCCAAUUAAGCUACAACAAGGGCGAGGAGAGGGGUCUGCUUGGCCUUCUUUGCUGCUUCGUGUCAGCUCUGUGCUCUCCCUCAAGCAAGUCUUGAAUGUUCAAACGGGUUGGAAGAAAGAGAGGUUUCACCUCGAACCCUCCCAGCAGCCAGCCCGACGCCAUCCAAUUGCGAACUGUGCGAGAAAGGGAGGUAAGCAGCGACUUAAGCAGCUAGUCACCAUCACCGUACAUCAAGUCCCAUAG